AUGCAGUCACGACUAGUAUCAUCAGGCGGCCUCGGCCGCCGCUGGACGGUGCUGCGAUGCGCAAUGUCAAAGAAUUACCAGCGACGAACCCUCACAUCCACGAGACGCCAGUUCCAAGAGGUAUUCCAGUCGCAGCUCGAAGAUCCCACCUCUGCCGCGCUCUUUUCUGCACUCCAUUCCUCGAAAGCUGUGCCUCAGACUCUCACCGAAAAGAUUGUUCAGAAGUACUCGGUCGGAUUACCGCAAGGCAAAUUUGUCAAGGCUGGCGACUAUGUCACAAUCUCGCCGCACCGCUGUAUGACGCACGAUAAUUCCUGGCCCGUGGCCUCCAAGUUCUUUUCCAUUGGAGCAUCUAAUCUGCAUAACCCGAACCAGAUCGUCAUGACCCUCGACCACGAUGUCCAGAAUAAGUCCGAGAAGAACCUGCAAAAGUACCGUCAAAUUGAAGAGUUCGCUAGUCAACACGGUGUGCAAUUCUACCCCGCUGGGAGAGGUAUCGGUCAUCAGAUUAUGAUAGAGGAGGGUUUUGCCUGGCCCGGCACGCUGGCGGUCGCCUCGGAUUCCCAUAGUAAUAUGUAUGGAGGCGUCGGGUGCCUGGGGACUCCAAUUGUGAGAACAGAUGCGGCUAGUGUCUGGGCGACUGGCAAGACUUGGUGGCAGAUCCCCCCUGUCGCGAAGGUAACCUUUACGGGCGUUUUGCCGGCUGGUGUCACCGGUAAGGACGUCAUUGUCGCCCUUUGUGGAUUGUUCAACAACGAUGAUGUCCUGAACCACGCGAUUGAAUUUACGGGAAGCGAGGAGACCAUGCGAGGCCUGUCUGUGGAUACUCGGUUGACCAUUGCUAACAUGACGACUGAGUGGGGUGCCCUCUCUGGAUUGUUCCCCAUUGAUGAUGUUCUGAAAGGAUGGCUGAGAGGCAAGGCUACAACCUCGGCCAUGGGACUUGCGGAUGGCCCGUUUAAGACCUUAGCUGCGGAACAAUUCACCCACCCACUUCUGCAACAACUAUUUGAGAACCCGAUGACUGCGGACAAGGGCGCGAAAUACGCCAAGGAGCUCUUCCUGGACCUUUCUACCCUUUCCCCUUAUAUCUCUGGGCCCAACUCAGUCAAGGUUGCGACCCCACUCAAGGAGCUUGAGGCGCAGGACAUUAAGGUGAACAAGGCCUAUCUCGUCUCUUGCACAAACUCGCGAGCUUCAGACAUUGCUGCUGCUGCAAAGGUUUUCAAGGAUGCUGCAGAGAAGAACGGUGGCAAGGUUCCCAAGAUUUCUGACGGUGUCAGUUUCUAUAUUGCGGCUGCGUCAAUCCCCGAGCAAUUAGCGGCCGAGGAAGCUGGAGACUGGCAGGUGUUGCUAGAAGCUGGAGCAACUACACUGCCUGCUGGGUGUGGACCGUGUAUUGGUAUGGGCCAGGGUCUACUGGAGCCUGGGGAGGUUGGUAUCAGUGCGUCCAACCGUAACUUCAAGGGCCGCAUGGGUAGUACCGACGCAAAGGCGUACCUUGGAAGCCCAGAGGUUGUCGCUGCUAGUGCCCUAAGCGGAAAGCUUAGCGGCCCUGGCUGGUACGAAACCCCCGAAGGUUGGACUGAAGUGGUUCGGGGUGAAGGUGACGGUAUCCGAGAGGAGGACCGCAUGCUAACAGCCGACGAGGCUUUGGAGAAGCUGAUCGGCCAGAUGGAUGAUCUCGUGGCCGACGGCGAGAAGCGUUUCGCCUCCGAGACCCCCGCUGCUGAAGAAUCUGAGCAAGGUCUGACAGAGAUUUACCCUGGUUUCCCCCAAAGUGUUUCCGGAGAGAUCGUUUUUUGCGAUCAGGACAACCUUUCCACCGAUGGUGUCUACCCGGGCAAAUACACCUAUCAGGAUGAUGUGACCCCCGAGACCAUGGCCCGCGUCUGCAUGGAGAACUACGACCCUAAAUUCUCAGCUACCGCUAAGGAGGGAGACAUUCUAGUCAGCGGUUUUAACUUCGGCUGUGGAAGUUCCCGAGAGCAAGCCGCUACUGCUAUCCUAGCAAAGAAGAUCCCAUUGGUUGUGUCUGGCAGCUUCGGAAAUAUCUUCUCACGCAACAGUAUCAACAAUGCUUUGAUGGGCCUGGAAGUUCCUCAGCUAAUCAGCCGCCUCCGUGAGGCAUUUGGCUCCGGCGACAAGGUCCUUACUCGUCGCACGGGUUGGACCUUAACCUGGGAUGUGCGGAGAAGUCUCAUCGAGGUUCAAGAAGGCGAAAAUGGACCCAGGUGGACACACAAGGUUGGAGAAUUACCUCCAAAUGUCCAGGAGAUUAUUGCAAAGGGGGGUCUGGAGAAAUGGGUCAAGAAUGCCAUUGGCGCAUAG